AUGGCAAAGCGGAGUUCACUGUUCACUGAGCCCAGCUGGAGAGGGGAGGGUUGCUUGUUACCAUGGGCAAAACAUUUUGGAGAGAUGCACGGUGGUCACGUUGCGGUCCUCUCGGCCCGCGCCUAUUUAAGGGCACGCUUCGGCCACCCGCACUCCCACCUCAUCACUUGCCAAAAGUUCCCUUCCCACCGGAUGCUCUCCGCUCCCUCUCUCCCCGAUCCGCUCUCAGGCUCGCUAGCCCAGUCCCCGACCGUCCCCGAGCAGCCUCCCGUUGCAGCGCAGCCGGGCGUCCAUGGCAGGACGAAAGCAGAGAAGGUUUGCCUCGGCGUGGCCGUCGUGUAUCCGGCCCCGUUCUAUUCCUCGUUGCAGCGGCAGUGCAUCGCGGUCUGCCGAGGUGGUGGCGGAGGAACCUUCCUCUCGAAGGAAGAGAAGGGUUCGGCGUUUGUUCAGUAUUGUUGGAUUGAUCCCAUCCCGUAUCGUGGUGCGCUGAUUGCGGCUUGUCCAUCCCUGUCAUUGGUUAUUAAUGGCAAGAUAAUUGCUGCCAUGAUUAGAAACUCAAGUACAGAAAUCAAGGAAUUGAUCGCAGCAGCAUGGAAGGAGUGCCCAAAUUGCGAAUAUCACAUGCAUAAUGACGAUGUUUCAUCACAGUGGCCAGGACUCCCUGUUGGUGUUAAGUUUGAUCCAACUGAUCAGGAACUUAUUGGACACUUGGAAGGAAAGGUUGGGAGGGCAGCAUCCCAUGUACUAAUAGAUAACUUUAUUCCAAUGAUAAAGGAAGAGGAAGGAAUCUGCUAUACACAUCCCAAAAAUCUCCCUGGUAUCAAGAUGGAUGGGAGCAGCAGCUAUUUCUUCCACAAAAUAUCAAAUGCUUAUGAAGUUGGCAAGCGCAAGCGUCGCAAGAUCAGCAAUAGUAAUGCCACUGAUUGUGAUGAGAAGAUGAGAUGGCACAAGACUGGAAAAUCUUCACGCAUCUUGGAUAAUGGCGUCAUAAAAGGCUGGAAGAAAAUACUGGUUCUUCACAAGUGCUACAAUAAAAAAAAAGUUAAAACUAACUGGACGAUGCAUCAGUGUCACCUUGGGGCUGAGGUAGGUGAAAAGCACGGGGAGCUUGUUGUGUCGAAAGUCUUUUGGCAGGUUAAAAACAACACUAGGAAGUCGCAGAUGCAUGUUGCUGAUGUCGAAUCCGGUUCGGAAAUCAAUCCUACAACCCCAAAUAUGUACCCUCCACAGCCUCGUCGUCUAAGCGGUAGCCCAUUGGAAACGGAGCAGAAUCAGGAUGAGGAAGAGCCUGGCUCAUCUGCAUUUCAGGGCUAUGCGGCACCGCCUCCACUGUUGAACACCGACAUCCAUGAGAAUCCGACCCCUCUCAACUUCACCGACAUAGAAAUGCUCGACGAAUUACCCGACUUGGAUUCUACAUUAUUGGAUGAUAGCCUCGACUGGCUGUACGAAAAUGAGGCAUGGCGCAAAGAGGAGGAGCACCGGUCGGAAGAGGGUUCUGAAGUAACCGCUCAACGCAGAGAAACUGCAUUUCCUUGUGAUGUAUGA